AUGCGCCAGGGCUACGACGAGCUCGUCAACGCCAUCAUACGGCCGCCGCGCGCGGAGUACGACAUCGAGCGGCUCGGGCCGCGCGAGUUCGCGUUCUGCGGCAAGCAGUACAUGCGCACGGACCUCGUGCUCGUGAACCAGCGGGGCCUGGCCCUCCAGUGCUCCCACUGGGAGCCCGUGGAGCGCGUCGCCGAGGCGCUGCCCUGCGUCGUCUUCAUGCACGGCAACUCGAGCGCGCGGUUGGAAGGUUUGAACCAGCUUUCCGUGUGCCUGGGCUUCGGGGUGACCCUGUUCAGUUUCGACUGCGCCGGGAGCGGCAAGUCCGAGGGCAAGUACGUGUCCCUGGGCUACUGGGAGAAGGACGACCUGCGGGUCGUCGUCGACCACUUGAGGGGUUCGGGCACGGUGUCGAACAUCGCGGUCUGGGGCCGGUCCAUGGGCGCCGUGACGGCGCUGCUCUACCAGUCCCAGGACCGGCGGCUCCUCGACAACAACAUGACGGUGAACGCCAUGGUGCUCGACUCGCCCUUCGCGGACUUUUGCCAAUUGGCGGAGGAGCUCGUCGCCAAGGGCCGCGAGCGCGGCGUCGUCGUGCCGACGAUGGUGACGCGCAUGGCGCUGACCAUGCUGUCCAACUCCGUGAAAUCCAUCGCGGGCUUCGACAUCCGCGACCUCAGCGCCAUCACGGAGGUGCCCAAGUGCACGCUGCCCGCGCUCUUUAUCUGCGCGAAGAAGGACGACUUCAUCGGCACGCACCACUCCCAGUCGCUCCACGACGCCUACGGCGGGCCGAAGCAGAUCAUCGUCGCCGACGGCGACCACAACACGCUCCGGAGCUCCAAGAGCCUCCUGGCCAUCGGCGGCUUCCUGCAGCGCGAAUUGCGGGUCCCCGAG